ACGGCGCCAUCCGGGGAGCAGAACCCAGUCACUGGCAACCUUAAGGCAAAUGUUGUAAUUGUUUGCCGGUCUGCAUGCUGCCACUGUGCGCCUGAGCAUAAGGCUGUAGAUUCUUUUUAUUAGCGGCCUUACAUAAUUGCGCGGCCUCAUAUUAUUCUGCCCCGACAACAGCUGUGUAAUCGUCGCGCUGGACAGAGAGAAACUAUCUGGAUUAAGUUAACAAAUUUUUCCGGAUUAAUUGUGUGUUGAGCGUGCUCGGUACGCGAAAGUUUAGACGAUGUAGUCCUGCGCGGACAGUCUUGCUUCUCAUUGUUUUAAUAAUUAACUGUGUUAUUUUAUCUGGAAACAUAAUGUGAUUUUACCGAUCUCCGGGUGAAAUUGGAUUAUGGAAGAUGAUUUGCCAUCGAAUUCAGAUGGAUUAACAUCCAAUAACAAAUCACUCUCGCUCGUCCCGGCAUCGCCGCUGCCUGAUGCUGUGGACGCCGCCGCGUAUAACACCACCGCCACCACCACCGUACCGGCAACGCCCGUCUCCCUGAUCGACACGAACACGACACUACCGUUAACCGGCACCGAUGACACAUCGACCAUCCACUGGACGUAUAGUGUACUGGGCCGGCGUCUCCUCUUCCGGCCCUUCUACAAACCCGAGUACAAGGAUGCCGAAGAUUACUAUCAGAAAUCAUACGACCCGCUAACCGGCGUACGGGUGGCGGUGGCGUUGGGCGGCCUGAUGUUGUUCAUUUGUGGUAUUGCCGUGUAUAAUCGUUAUGGAUUCUUUCGCAAACGCCGGCGUCUGCAUGUCAGUUUGCGUAAUUCCCAGGAACAACUUGAAGGAAUCGAGUGGCUGAAAGUGAUAGGAUUUCAUGAGACUUCCCUGGCUUAUAAUCCCGUUUGCUCAGAUCAGGAUUUACCCAAGAGUCCGCCGUGCAGUGCCAGUACGGCGGCGGAUGUCGUGAUCCACAGUGCGGCACCGCAGCAGCAGCCGCAACACAGCUGCUGGCAGCCGGAACGUGAUGGUAAUACUACUGGGCCUGUUAAAGAUCGAUUAAUAGUGGAAAAUGAACAUGCUGACGCGCGCUGGCCCCGUUCGGAACAGCGGACGUUUAAUGCGCUACCCGUUGUUAGCAACUUUCCCAAGCGUACAAAAACUAUCAACUACAAGCAAACGCUGCCAUUGUUGCGGCGCACAAAUAGUUUUUGAAGCAGUGCAGUGGAUGUGUUGGGAAACCAAUUGAAAGCAUGUAUAGUGUUCUAUUAUUUUGAAUUAAACUACGAGACGAGUGUGAAUACGAUCCAGAAAAACAAAUACCAGUAUUACAAAUGUUCAUUUAUGCUUAUGCACAAG